AUGUGCAAGAUCUUUGGUGUUUUUGCAGUUGGCUACUUCUACGUAUUGCGUUUCGAUCGCAAACAAAUCCUUGACGAUCUGACUUGGGCAUACACUUACAGCUCUAAUCUACAGCCCAUUUUUCAGAAGCUUGGAUAUUGGGAUCAGCUCUCGACAUACCGAUUUUUUGUACAUGCCUGGUCUCUCGGGGUGGAAUUACAAUACUAUCUUAUUGUACCAUUUAUCAUGGGUGUAGCACUCUGCUUUGGACACAAUGCACGCAUUAAAUUGUUCUCUACAAUUGGAGUAUUUUCUGUCAUUUUCCAACUCUAUGCUCCACCCAAGGUAUCCUAUGGUUUCUUACUAUCUCGGAUCUGGCAGUUUAUGUGCGGGUCGAUAGCGUACGAGUUCUCGAAACCAUUUCUUUCGAAAGACAAGAGUUUGCUACGCCAAGAAGAAAAGAAUUCGUCAGAAAAUGCUGCUUACAAACAAGACAAGACUGAAUUGUCAUACAAGGGCUAUAAAAAAGUGAAUUGGGCGGCCAUGCCCUCGGCUACAGGGAUGUACUUGCCGAAGCAGAUUGACAAAGCAGAAAUUGGCUACACUAUUGAAUGGAAUUUGAGAGAAUCUCGUAAGAAGUAUUUUGCGAUGCCGUGCAGUAAAGACGGUGAUACUCAGCGGUACACGAAUUACAAGAAUAAUGAGCCUGAGCUGCAAUGCGUUGCGAAAGGAAAUGCCACUGCCAAGGUCUUGGUUCUUGGAAACUCUAUUGCUUAUAGAGCAUACCCUUUGAUUCACAAUAUACUCAAAGGACGCUAUCGCAGCCUCAGGCUUUUUCCAGGAAGCGGAUGCCCAUCUCUAUCGAAUUGGUGUGCAGCAUUGACAAAGGCAACGAAGAAAGUUGUACAACAUGAAAAGCCAGACAUUGUACUGUAUAUGCAUCACAGCUUAAAGACUCCUUUUGUCGCUCCUGUUAAGGACCUUAAAAAAGAUCGAAUCUACAAGGAAUUUCAAGGAAACAUUGACUUUAUCAGCAAGUACGCGAAACACAUAGUCAUCGAUAUGCCGUACUAUACACCUCCAUUCAACGUUGGAGCGAAGCUUGCAAGAAGACUGCAGCUGGGUCUUUUGCCUGGUGAUGAGUUCGUAGUUACUUGGGAGGUAUCAACACAUCAACCAAACACGAUAUCAUCAACUGCGGCUGAGUUCACUGAAUUGCAGCAAAUGCAUCAUGAACAACAUAAACGAGGUCAGGAAGAGUUACUGGCUAAGACAGGUUGCCACUAA